AUGAGUAUAGAUGCGGAUGUAUUUAGUGGUAUUCAAUUUUCUAAACCUAUAAUUAGAAGUAACAUUGAUUUCACAGCUAUUUCAAAAUUUGUUUCAAUCGAUUCAACUUUUUCUCCUGGAACGUCAGCUGCUGCGCAUGUUGAAGUUGAUCGACUGUUUUCAUUGCUUGAAGGGAAGAAGGCUAAAAUCGAUCACAUAUUAGAUUCACAAUAUGUAUAUGCAGUGGGUAUUGAUUUUCAAAAAGGUUAUUCUAUGCCGUGUAUCACUUGCUGGGUCACCAAGUAUCUCGAUAUUGCUAUUAAAGAACAGCUAUCUGACUUAUUUGAGAAUGAGUUUGAAAUUAUAGAAAACAUAUUGACACCUACAGAUACAGACGUCAAUAAUAGCAAUAGUACACCUCCUUCCGGUAAUGAAAAGGAAUCUAAAGAGAAGGAAAAUGAUUAUAAUUGUAGUGGAAAUGAUGAAAAAAAUGGUGAUGGGACCAGUGAGAAAGAAAAUAGUAAUGAUAACAAGGAUAAUGGUAAAGAAAUUAAUGAUAAUAAUAGUAAUAAUGAUGGUGAUGGAGGAGAUGGGAAUGGAAGCAUAACAAGUGACUUUAAAAAUAUUAUAGUUACAUCAGCAAGUCGAGUCAUUACUAAAGAAAGUUCGGAGAUUUUUCAAGAAUUUGACAUCGUUGCUGCUAUCCAUGCAAAUGUUGACCCUGCUAAUGGGAAACAUAAAAUUUUAAAAUUUUUUGUUGAUGUAAAAGAAUGUGGAAUGGGACCUAUGAUCAGUGAAAAGUUGUCACUUCACAAAUUGGGUUUAG